AUGAAUUCUACAAAAUCAGAAAUUCUUUUUGCAGGGUUCAAUUAAGAUUCAAGUAAACUAUUAUAAAAUAAUAUAGCCAUGUUUUGUGUUGGUACUGAUACAGGAUUUCGAGUUUGUAAUGCAUUAAAUUCAACUGAAAAAUUUUAAAGAGACUUGAAAGGAGGUAUUGGUCAUGUAGAAAUGCUAUACAGAAGCAAUAUUUUGGCAUUAGUUGGAGGUGGUUUAUAGCCAAAAUAUCCUGAUAAUAAAGUGAUCAUAUGGGAUGAUCGUAAAUAUACAAUUUCUAUUUAGAUCUUGUAAAAUGUAUUGGAGAAAUGAGUUUCAGAACUAAGAUAAAAAAUGUUAAGCUAAAAAAUGAUAGAGUAGUUGUUGUUCUUGAAAAAAAAAUAUUUGUUUACAAUUUUACAGACUUGAAACUACUUGAUUAAAUUGAAACAUGUCCUAAUCCAAGGGGUAUAUUUAUAAUAUUAGAAUAAGGAAUUUGUACUAUUAAUACAGAAGGAGAUCAUACAAUCUUGGCAACAUUAGAGAAAUCUGUAGGAAAGGUUUUUGUAAACAAUUAUGACGCUAACAAAGCUUAUUGUAUAGAAGCACAUGUUUCUCCAAUUUCUUAUCUUUAAUUGAAUUCAACAGGGACAAAAUUGGCUACAUCUAGUGAAAAAGGCACUGUAAUUCGUAUCUAUGAUACAAAUACUGGGUAUGUGAAUACAUUUAAAAUAGAUAAAUUUCAUAAGAACUUCGAAGAGGGAAUGAUUAUGCAACAAUAACUAGUUUAGCAUUUGAUUUUAGAUCAUAAUGGUUAGGUUGUGCUUCUGAUUAAGGAACUAUACAUAUUUUUGCAGUCAAUUAAGAAGGAUUAUAACAAGAAUAGUAAAUUUAGAAUUAGGUUUCCCACAAUCCAAAGAGUAAAUUUGAAUUUCUAAAGGGAAUCAUUCCUAUAUUGGGAUCUGAAUGGAGUUUUGCUCAGUUUAGAGUGCUUGAUACAAAGUGCAAAGUGUCAUUUGUGCCAGAUGAACAUCAAUUGAUCGUAAUUUCAUAUGAGGGAAAGUACUAUAAGGCAUAAUUUGAUCCUUAAAAAGGAGGUGAAUGCAUAAAAGUGGAAGAGAAAUACUUGAUUAGUGAUAAAGUUUGA